CAUUAAUUGUCAAUUCUAUGAGUAAAUGUCAAUGAUCAUCAAAUCAUCUCAUAGUGAGCAACAAAAUCAAUCAAAAUUUAUUGUGACACAUACGUCGUGAUUAAAAGCGCAGCUUCGCUGUGAUGCGAGCAUCGGGGCCUCACCCGCCAACAUGAAUUUCGACGACGAGUGCGUUUACGAAGACUCGGGCAAUGAGACCAGCGGCGACGACGUCGACUUUGGCGUCGACGCCGACGACAGCUCCAACACCAAUCUGCCACCGUUUGAGGAGGAGUACCAGUAUGAGGUGCUCGCCACCGAACAAAUCGUCCAACACAUGAACGACUGCAUUCGGGAAGUGAACACCGUGGUGCAGAUCCCAUCAACCACCACACGCAUCCUCCUCAAUUACUUCAAAUGGGACAAGGAGAAACUUAUGGAGCGAUUCUACGACGGCAACCAGGAAGAGCUAUUCAAGGAGGCGCAUGUUAUCAGUCCUUAUAAAAAGGCACCAGUAGCGGGGACCACAUCAGCUCCGCAAACUAAAAACACUAAAGAAAAAGAAAAGGAUAAAGACAAAGAAAAAGAAAGCAAAAACGAAAAAGAUAAGAAAGAGAAAAAGGGAGCAAGUCGAAGUUCAGGUAGUGCAGUUGCCGGACGUGAGGAAUGCGCCAUUUGCUUUAUGGUCCUGCCACCAUCAGAACUUACCGGAUUGGAAUGCGGCCAUCGAUUUUGUUUCCAUUGUUGGAACGAAUACCUAACAACAAAGAUCAUGGAAGAAGGCGUUGGUCAAACAAUCGCCUGUGCAGCCCAUCAAUGUUCUAUUCUUGUAGACGAUCAAACUGUAAUGCGAUUAGUCAAAGACAGUCGAGUCCGACUCAAAUACCAACAACUUAUAACCAAUAGUUUUGUUGAAUGCAAUCGUCUGAUGAGAUGGUGCCCAAGCCCAGACUGCACAUUCGCACUUAAAGUUAGUUUCGUCGAAGCGAAACCUGUAACCUGCACAUGUGGACACACAUUCUGCUACGCAUGCGGAGAAAACUGGCAUGAUCCAGUUCGCUGUGCCAUUUUAAAACGUUGGAUUAAAAAAUGUGAUGACGAUUCGGAGACUUCCAACUGGAUAGCAGCCAACACCAAAGAAUGUCCUAAAUGCAAUGCAACCAUAGAGAAAGACGGCGGUUGUAAUCACAUGAUAUGCAAGAAUCAAAACUGCAAAGCAGACUUCUGUUGGGUGUGUCUUGGUCCUUGGGAACCACAUGGUAGUAGUUGGUACAACUGCAAUCGUUACGAUGAAGACGAAGCGAAAGCAGCGCGUAAUGCCCAGGAAAAAUCCAGAGCAAAACUACAACGAUACUUAUUCUACUGUAAUCGCUACAUGAAUCACAUGCAGAGUCUGCGUUUCGAACACAAACUCUACAUGUCAAUCAAAGACAAGAUGGAGGAGAUGCAACAGCACAAUAUGAGUUGGAUAGAAGUACAAUUUCUGAAGAAAGCAGUGGAUAUUCUCUGUGAAUGCAGACAGGCAUUGAUGUACACAUACGUGUUUGCAUUUUAUUUGAAGAAAACCAACCAAUCUGUGAUAUUCGAGGAUAAUCAAAAGGAUUUAGAAACAGCGACGGAGAUGCUGAGUGAAUAUCUCGAGCGGGAUAUCACACAAGCUAAUCUGGUAGAUAUAAAACAAAAAGUGCAGGAUAAAUACAGAUAUUGUGAUGGUCGCAGGAAAGCUCUGCUGGAGCACGUUCACGAAGGCUACGAGAAGGACUGGUGGCAAUAUUCCGAUUAAAUUACAUUUACAUGUUGUCAGCGACAUUUUUUUCCUCGAAUCUAGUUUUACGACACAUAAAUCGAAAAAUCUAUCAAUUUA